GCCACUCAUCUCAGCUACACCGUCCCCAGAAAUCACCGACUUCAGCGGCUGCAGAGCAGAAAUGCCAAGCCUAGGAGUUAGGGAUGCGCGCUGUUCAGCCAGCAUAUAGCGCUCCCGCAUCUUGCUCUCUCUAGAGAAGCGCCUCUUUUGAACGAGAACCUUCUACUCUUGCCGUGUGCGCUCGCCUCUUUCGCCCUAUCAGAUCUCAUCGUCGUGCGCGUUCGUCAGUGCGACUAGGAAUCAGUAAUCACCGUUUGACGCCGGGGUGCCGAUGGGAAACGUCAAUGUUAAGGACGGAUUAGAUUCUGUGGGUCUAUCAAAUCUCUCCCUCGGGAAUGCCGCGCUGGGCGGGGGGCGAGCCGCAGCGAGCGCUCAGCGCGCAGCGAACUGGAAAGCCACGGGGAUUAUCGCUUUAAGAGAUGCGCACCUGAAGUCCAUUCCCGAGGCCGUGUUUGACGCAGGAGCUGCAGCUCGAACCGUAGAUGCUUCAAACAAUAAAAUAGUGGAGAUUCCAGAGGCGAUCGGACGACUCACGUCGCUGCAGCGGCUGGUUCUUCCCGGCAACCGAAUCGAGCGCCUGCCUGCUUCCAUCGGGUCCCUCGCCUCCCUCAAGGCUCUGCAGCUGGAGAACAACCGACUGACAGAGCUGCCCAAUGAAAUUGGGUCUCUGUCUCGCUUGGAGCGGUUAACUCUGGCCAGCAACCAGCUGCAGCACCUCCCAGAUUCCAUCGGCAAACUAACCGCUUUGGUCAUUCUUGACAUCUCUUCCAACUGUCUUUCCAGCCUCCCAUCCACCCUCGGUAGCUGCUCCGCUCUUCAAGAGCUCUCUUUACAAGCUAAUCGGCUAGCGGGCCUUCCCCCCUCGAUAGUGGACCUUUCUGACCUUCGCACUCUAGCCCUCGACAACAAUCGGCUCACUGAUCUUCCAGCCAAACUCUUAGUUAAGUGCCAGCGGCUGCACACGGCUACCUUACGGGGCAACGCGGUUACAAUAGAGCAGUUUGAGCAGAUGGAGGGGUAUGCCGAUUAUGAGGAGCGGCGGAAAACCAAGGUGGAUAAAAGGAUUGCCGCUAACGUCAUGCUCAACGACCAAAGCCUCGAUAUAGGCAUCGAUCGCACGUGACACCGGGUGUAUCACGGCACGGAACGGACCGCAAAUAUGGGGUAAGGCUUGCAGUGGGUUACUUCAUGAGGCAACGGGGUUACAAUAGAGCAGUUUGAGCAGAUGGAUGGGUAUGCUGAGUACGUGGAGCGGUGGAAAACCGAUGUGGAUAAACGGAUUGCUGCUAAUGUCAUGCUCAAUGACCAAAGCCUUGAUAUAGGCAUCGAUCGCACUUGAUAUCGCACUUGCCAGGCAUGGCAUAUUGCGACCAAAGUGGGCAAACGGAUUGUCAUAACUGACUCGCUCGCUCCAUUAUUCGAAGCCUGGAUGUAGCAAUUGUAUGCCUACUGUUCGAUAGCAACAUUGCAAUCAUGCAACUGUG